ACGCCAGCGUCAGGCCAGUCCCGGCAUGCUCCGCGGUGGCUGGCGGUGGAGCGCAGACGAGCGGAAUUCUUCCCGUGAACAUCCUCUGCUCUGCUCAGCUCAGCCGCUGUCCAGACCCGGGUCGGCGAGAGUGCCGUGUCCCCCCGUUCUCCUACCGCUCGGCCGUCCGUUGGAGCGCCCCUAGCCCUCCUGCGAGGGCGCCCCGGGACGGAAGGGUCCACCAGCCUGUCGGCGCCCGCCGUGCUCGUGGUCGCCGUCGCCGUCGUCGUGGUGGUAGUCUCUGCCGUCGCCUGGGCCAUGGCCAAUUACAUCCACGUUCCGCACGGCUCCCCGGAGGUGCCCAAGUUGGACGUCACGGUUCAGGAUCAGGAGGAGCAGCGCUGCCGGGAGGGCGCCCUCAGCCUCCUGCAGCACCUGCGGCCGCACUGGGACCCUCAGGAGGUGACCCUGCAGCUUUUCACAGAUGGAAUCACAAAUAAACUUAUUGGCUGUUAUGUGAGUAAUACAAUGGAGGAUGUAGUCCUGGUGCGAAUUUAUGGCAAUAAGACUGAGUUGUUAGUUGAUCGAGAUGAGGAAGUGAAGAGUUUCCGAGUGUUGCAGGCUCAUGGCUGUGCACCACAACUCUACUGUACCUUCAAUAAUGGACUAUGCUAUGAAUUUAUACAGGGAGAAGCAUUGGAUCCAAAGCAUGUCUGCAACCCUGCCAUUUUCAGGCUAAUAGCACGUCAGCUUGCUAAAAUCCAUGCUAUCCAUGCACACAAUGGCUGGAUUCCCAAAUCUAAUCUAUGGCUAAAGAUGGGAAAAUAUUUCUCUCUCAUUCCCACAGGAUUUGCAGAUGAAGACCUUAAUAAAAGGUUUUUAAGUGAUAUCCCAAGCUCUCAGAUUCUUCAGGAAGAAAUGACUUGGAUGAAGGAGAUUCUUUCCAACCUGGGCUCACCUGUUGUGCUUUGCCAUAAUGACCUAUUGUGUAAGAAUAUAAUCUACAAUGAGAAACAAGGUGAUGUACAGUUCAUUGAUUAUGAAUAUUCUGGAUACAACUACUUGGCAUAUGAUAUCGGAAAUCAUUUCAAUGAAUUUGCAGGUGUGAGUGAUGUAGACUAUAGUCUCUAUCCAGACAGACAACUACAGGGCCAGUGGCUGCGUUCUUACCUUGAAGCAUACAAAGAAUUUAAGGGCUUUGGGACUGAAGUUACUGAAAAGGAGGUGGAAGUACUCUUCAUUCAGGUCAAUCAGUUUGCAUUGGCUUCUCAUUUCUUUUGGGGAUUGUGGGCUUUGAUUCAAGCCAAAUACUCGACUAUUGAUUUUGAUUUCCUUGGGUAUGCAAUUGUUCGUUUUAACCAGUACUUUAAAAUGAAGCCUGAAGUUACUGCAUUAAAAGUGCCUGAGUAAAGAAGAGAUUUGAUUAUUCUCAAGUGGUUGAACAAUGCUUGUGUAUCUUUUCUUAAGAAAUUUUGAAAAGCCAAUGUUUGUUAAAAUUCUGUUGUUUAAUUUGGUUAUCUUGCUUUACAAAUUAUGCCUCCAAACAACCAAUCUAUUUUUUAAAUGACUGAAUGAUGUCAAGAAGUGUACCUACUGCUAUCAGUAUGUGGUGGAUUAGAAGUUUGUUAAAUUUGCAAAAAGGUAUAAAUAUGUCAGUUUAAUCCUUUCUUUGAUAAUUUAAUCUAUGUUAUAUGUGAAUUAUUUAUUAUAAAUUUAACAUAAUUCUGUGACUGCUUUCAUCUGUUUCAUCUGUUGGUUUGAGUGUAAGCAAUGAAAUAUUCCAGAGAAAAAUUUUUUAAAGUUUUAAUUUAGUAAUUUUAAUUUUAGCAAACAAUUUAGGUGUUCAUUGUAACCUUUUUAUCUUGAUACACUAUAAGAAAUAUGAAUCAUUCACUCUUAAAAUGCCAGAUACUAGUAUAGAUAACUUAGGGUGGUCAUAGAAAAAUACCUGUAUAUGAGGGUAAAUUACAUUUACUGUCUACUUUUAGUGGUACUUCUUUUUGAAUUGAAUAUUGGAAAAUGUUUUUUGGGGGGGAAUAUAUCUUAAAAUUAAAUUAUCCUUUCAUACAUAGUCUGGCAGUAUAAAUAUUAAUAUUUACCUAUAAUCCUGGAAUAGAUACGAUUUUAGGUUACCAAAAUCUGCAUUAAAUAAUGUUUUCACAUACAAAAUACAGUCAUUUAAGUUGCUAGUUUGUUCUUAAAAUUUGAUAAUAUCACAUUUUUUUUUUUUACCAAAAAUUUACUAUUGAAAUAUUCUUUGUUUCUGUUUAGCUAGUAGAAUGAAUGCUAAUUUCUGAAACAAAGAUAGAAAGGUUAUCAUAUUUGGGAACAAGAAAAUAGCAUUUAGAUUCUUCUUUACCUUUCCAGAUUCAUUCCUUAACACUUUGUUUCAUGUUUCAGUUUGGCUCCGUGUCUUUAGAAUGAUAGCAAAUGAUUACGUGAUAUAUAUAGCUUCAGAGAAAUAAAUUAAAAGCAGUUAAAAGAAAUAACAUUUAGCACAUUGAUCUAAUACACUUAAAAUCUAACAAAAUGUGAAUUAAACAGAAAUAUUCAUGGUAGGCGGGCUUCUGUUUUAGUUUUCUUGGUUUUGUUUGUAUUUUUUUCUUUGAGAGUAAGAGGGUGGCAGUUACUAUAUGGAAGGAAGUUAGAUCUUUGCAAUCAGUAGUCUUCAAGUUUUGAGGACUGAUGGUUUGUGGAGUUGAGCAGUCAUGGUUAACUUAGAAAAUUAGUCUGACAGGCUUUGCACUUUGGUCACAUAAGUGCCCAUGUACAAAGUUGACUUAAUGAAUCUGCAUAUUCAGAAUAUGCAACUACAAAUAUAUCCUCUGAGAAAUCUUCUGGGGAGUUUGAUGUAUUAUUCCAAAUGACUUAUAUUCUCAGAUAAGUGCUUUAAAAUACUUGGAUUAUCUCAAGAUGUUUAAAGCUAAUAAAGUAAGUAGAAACACUUGAAGGCCAUUUUAAAUGGUAAAUUCUAGUUACAUAAAUAGAAUCUUAAAAUCUGCUUGUGUCUAUAACAGUGUUAGACUAAAAUUUGUUUUCUACCUCCCCAAUGUUAAAAUGUUCACUUCUGUUUUUAUAAAUCAUAUUACUAUAGGAUCAGUAGAAUUUUACCUAAUUGACUAAAUGAAUGGAACCAAUUAAUUGAUAGCUUUUUACAUAAUGUUAGAGUGAGCUUGAAGAAUUGUUUUUGGUGGAAUUUUCAUCUGCAAUUGGAACAUUUUCUUAGGACAAUGAAUAAUAUAUUAAAAAACCCUUGUUUUCUUUCUUUCUUUUUUUUUUUUCUUUCUGACUUCUUAAAGUGCAACAAUAUAUAUCUUGGAAAACUAUGGGAGGAGAGAAGAUCAGUUUUCUACCUUAUUCCAUAGUCUUCAACUAUCUUGAGUAGAGAUUCACUGAGCCUUUGCUGGUAGACUGUGCGUAGCUGCUAGCUGUGAUACUCUUGUUUUUCAGAGAGAUUCAUAUAGAACUGAAUGUAAAGGGGAAUAGAGGCUUUCACUUUAGCCCUGGGAGUAUGCAGUGGAAGUGGAAACAAAAUGAGACAUGUAAGAUAUUUUCCCCACUCUUGGCUAGAUACUGGGUGUCAUGAUGCUACCACAUCCUGUACAGGUCUUUGGUAUCAUGCUGCAGACUAAUAAGUGGGUUCAAAAUUGCUUUUCUUUUUAUCCACCAUUUAAGGAUUCUAAAGGAAAAACAUCCCUCUAAAAUUUGUCCUUUGGCUUGCUGAGAUGUCUGUUGCCUUUUUAUGUUACGCUAAGGAACUUGAAUGCCUUACCUAAUAACUCAGCUGGUAGUAAGUUCAUUUUGUAAAUAUGAAAAUGGUUGUUAGAGGAGUGGCAUUCAUGUGUACUCAUUGUUGUUAGUCAAUAGACCAUAGUGGCCUGGAUGCUUUAACAAGCAAAAUUCCUCAAUUUUUCCUUUUGUUCCUUAUGUACUUAUAUGAUCUUACCUGACCAGUAAUAUUUUUUUUUCCCCCUCUUGACCCCAUGCUACCACCUGAUUAUCUGGAAGUCAGAGAGAUGUGGUAGUGAAUCAUACUGUUCACAUGGUCAUUUGAGAUCAACAUGAGCACAAAACUCAACUAGGUCUGCCUGGAAUGUAUAUAAAACAGUGUAAAUAAAGAUUGUAAACUAGUGUGAAUUGUA